ACGACGGAGAGAGCGGGAGCUCGCGCGUCUCGCUCCGGGGAUAUAUCGCCUCUGAUGGACUUGAGAUAAGACAAGAAAAAAAAAACACCGUCCGUCUCUGACUCCGAACACUUUGCGUGCGUUAGUUACGAGUGGAGUUCCGCCGAGGCUUACAACUGCUCUAAAUGGUCUUAAGUGUCACCGGCGCAGCUUUUUUAAUGUGUUUCAUGUGUUUGCGCUCAACAGUGAGGUAGACGGACACGUUUUACGCAAGUGUCGGCGUGUGAUUUACCCCCCAACCCCCCCGUGGAUGCGGCUGUCGGGGUCGGUGUCUGAGCCCUGCAGGAUCCGCCUGUCAUAGGGCACCGUGAUUUCUCUCCGGUUACUUCGCAAGUGGAUGAGGAAUAUUUCACCGGAAGAUGCUGCUGUUGAUGCAGAUGUUGUGGUUUUUACCUCUGACUGGAGCGGCUCCGUCCCAGACUACCGAGCAGCUGGACACCGGGGUGGACUGGCUGAGCAAGUUUGGCUACCUCCCGCCCCCUGACCCAGUGACUGGUCAGCUUCAGACCAAGGAGGCCCUGACCAAUGCCAUCAAAGCCAUGCAGAAGUACGGAGGGCUGAAGGAGACCGGAGUCUUAGACCAAGCCACGGUGGGUCUGAUGAAAACACCCAGAUGUUCUCUGCCAGAUGUUUCUGAGGCAGAGGGGACCAUGGGCCGCAGGAAGCGUGGCUUGAACCCUCAGAACAAAUGGAGCAAGAGGCAUCUAUCCUGGAGAGUGAGGACCUUCCCUAAGGAUUCGGCCGUACUGGGCAGGGACACUGUCCGGGCCCUGAUGUACUACGCCCUGAAGGUCUGGAGUGACAUCGCACCGCUCAACUUCCAUGAAGUGGCCGGCAGCGAUGCAGACAUUCAGAUCGACUUCACUAAGGCCGACCACGACGACGGAUAUCCCUUUGACGGGCCAGGGGGCACGGUGGCGCACGCAUUUUUCCCCGGAGAGAGGUUCACAGCUGGGGAUACACACUUCGAUGAUGACGAGGCCUGGACCUUCAGAUCUCCAGACUCUCAUGGGAUGGAUCUGUUUGCGGUUGCGGUCCACGAGUUUGGUCACGCCAUCGGCCUGGUCCACACCUCAGCCAUAGAGUCCAUCAUGAGGCCGUACUACCAGGGUCCUGUAGGCGACCCGCUGAAAUACGACCUACCCUACGAAGACAAGGUCCGCGUCUGGCAGCUCUACGGUGUCAGAGACUCGGUGUCCCACACAAACAGGCCAAGCAGCUCGUCCCAGACGGCUGAACCUCCUGUCCUGCUGGACCUUCCCGAAAACAGAUCCACCUUCCUGUUGGCCCGAGAUGCCCCGGACAGAUGCACCAGUCAUUUCGAUGCCGUGGCCCAAAUACGAGGGGAGGCCUUCUUCUUCAAAGGGAAGUACUUCUGGCGACUAACGAGAGAGAAGCACCUGGUGUCUCUGCGUCCCGCUCAGAUCCAUCGCUUCUGGAGGGGCCUCCCUCCCAAUCUGGACAGUGUGGAUGCUGUAUAUGAGAGGCCUGGGGACCACAAAAUAGUCUUCUUCAAAGGUCUAAAGUACUGGGUAUUUAAAGACAAUAACGUGGAGGAGGGUUACCCUCGUCCAAUCAGUGACUUCGGCCUGCCCUUGGAAGCAGUGGAUGCAGCAUUUGUUUGGUUACACAACGAGAAAACCUACUUCUUCAAGGACAGCCACUACUGGCGCUAUGACGACCACCUGAGACGUAUGGACCAGGGCUACCCUAAAGACAGCACGCUCUGGAAGGGGCUGCCGCCAAAACUGGACGACGCCAUGCGGUGGUCUGAUGGCUCAUCCUAUUUCUUCAAGGGGAAGGAGUACUGGCGAGUGCCGAGCAGCGACAUGGAGGCGGAGGCCGGAUACCCCCGCCUCAUCGCUACAGACUGGCUGCUGUGCACCGAGAUGCAGUCGGACUCUCCGGACACGGAGCCCAAAAGCACGGAGACGAGAGUCAACGUGCACCAUCAGCCGGACCACGCGGAGAACGGAUACGAGGUGUGCUCCUGCACCUCUGACACCGCCUCGCCUUUCGGAGCGCGCCCCUCCUCCUCCCCCCUGUGGCUGCUGCCACCUCUCUGGACGCUCUCGCUGGCCCUCCGCUCAGAACCGCUAUGAUGCCAAAGCACGGGACAGACUUCUCAAGCCAGGUGCAGAGACAGAGACGCAUCGACGGAGGGCCAGCGGUCACUCGGACUAAAUACAAACGGGAACAUUUUGUUCAUAUAAAUAUCAAUUGGUAUGUUUUUUCGCUAUUAUUUUUGCUGUUAUUUAUUUCACAUGCCCAUUCGAUGGUCAUUUUAAAAGCGCCUUGCUGUAUGGGGCAGUACAUGCAGUUAUCAUAUUAUCAUGCUAGGAUGUAUCUAGUGGGCGUCCACAAUGCUAGUGCCGUGCUUCACAAAUUGAGUUACACAGAACCAUAAGUUAUAUAUCGCUCGGUUUCUUCUUGAAUGGCUGAACUGUAUAAUUUUUGGGAGUAAGCUGUACUUGAGUGGGGCUGUGCUGAAAUAUGUUCACACGAAAUUCAGCAGUAUUCCAACAGCAGCCAUAAGAAUCACUUUUUUUCAUGUAGAACAAGUUUACAAUGAUAACAAAUGGCAUCCUGGGAUGUUAGACAGUUGAAUGGUGACCUGAGAUGGUGACAGGUGAAUUCAUUUAAAGGCAUGUUUUUACCUUAAAGGAAUAGUUAGGCGUGUUUCCUUUCUUGCCGAGAGAAGUAUUACGCUACAACUUAGCUUAGCAUUGAGACUGGAAAGGGGGAAAACUGCAAACCAGGCUUUUUGUUACCUUCGGACAUAGACUAGCAGUUUCCCCGUUUCCAGUUUUUUAUGCUAAGCUAACCAGGUCCAGGCUGUAGCCUUAUAUUUACCUUACACAUAUGAGAAUGAUAUUGAUCUUCUCAUAUAAGUCUCGCCAUGAAAGCACAAAUGGGUAUCUUCCCAAUGAUGUCAAACUAUUUCUUUAAAUAGUGGCUGGAAAGUGGAACUUCCUGCCAGGCUGCUUACUGCCUUCCAGCAAUGGAACCAACAUAAAUGUUUAUGUUUAAGUUGGUUACAGUUAAGGUUAUGACAGUGGCUGGGGUUUGUGCCCACCAAUCCCUAGAGAAAGUAUUUCAACUCUGGCAGGAAGAGCAGAGCUGUCUGCAGUACUCAGACCAGAGUACAGAAUGCCAUCUGGGAUAUACAGUAGCUACUGUAGACGGGUGAGUGAAACCCCAGCAUGCAUCCAGGCAGACAGCUGAAAGGUAGUGGAGAUUGAUAGUUAUGUUAACAGAUGAACGGCCCCAUGGGAUGCUGACAGGAAGACAAAUAAAUGGCAUGCUGGGAUGUCGACAGGUAGCUAGAUGAAUUGCAUCCAGGGCUGUGAACAGGUAGACCGGUGAACACCAACCACAGCCACAUGAAGAGAGAAGGGCACCCCUGUGCUGGGGGAAGUAGGACAGAAGUAGCAAGUCCUCCUGUAAGUCUGAAAGUCUAAAUGUGUCUCGGUGUCUUAACGCCAUUAUCUCAGCUUAUGUCUCUUACCUGUACUCCCACGCUCCUCGAGGAGCUGCAGCUCAUGUAUCAACCAAGAGUUCAUUCUACACCCUGGUACAGAAACAUCGCCUGCCAUUUAUCAGAGGCCGUAUUGGUUUUGUGCUACUCUUUGGUAUAAAUAUGGACAGAUUGUGAUUCCAUAUUGCUUUGAUCAGAUUACAGUUCACAGAGCCUUUUUCCCCCCCCCCUCACCGCUGGACGACGCCCUCUAUCAACCCAAGCUCCUUCUGGUGUCGUUGUUAUAAGGCCUCACGAGAUA